AAACCUUGUGGCCUCACUUCUGCACUUAAUAAUUAAUGCUUUCCUUCUCAGUUUUCAACUAUCAUCAUUUAUUUUCAUUAUUGGCCUUCCAAAACCUUCAAUUUUCUUAAGUUUUUGCAAAAGAGAAUGGAAUUGAAGAACAUGGUUUCUCUUGUUUCUCGCACUGGUAGGCAUCUGCAGCGUUACAAUUUUCAUGGACAUCGCCAAGUUGUCGGAUGUAUUCCGUAUAGAUAUAAAAGUGUUAAUGGGAAAUCUGUAGUUGAUGAGGAUGCGAUUGAAGUUCUUCUUAUUAGUUCUCAGAGAAAAGGCAAAGGGAUGUUGUUUCCAAAGGGAGGUUGGGAGGAAGAUGAAUCCAUUAAAGACGCCGCAUUGCGCGAGACAGUGGAAGAAGCCGGGGUACUUGGCGAUGUUGGGUCUGAAUUGGGUAAAUGGUGCUUCCAAAGCAACAACAACGGCAACUGUUACGAGGGACGAAUGUUUCCAUUACUUGUCAAAGAGCAGCUUGAAUUUUGGCCGGAGAAAGAUGUCCGUCAAAGAAUAUGGAUAAGUGUAAGAGAAGCUAGGAAAGUUUGCCAUUAUUGGUGGAUGAAGGAAGCCUUGGAAAAAUUAGUCAGUCGCCUCACAUCACAUGGACAAGGUGUUGUUGAGGCUAAAACAGAAAGCUGUUCGAGAGAGGAAGGAAGUUUAACUCAUAGCAGCAAAGUUUUGAAGGUUUUCUGAAGAGAAUUGCGAGAUUGGCUUCAAUUUGAAGAAAACAUUGACAGGAAUUAACAAAUAUGUAGCUCUUGUUUCGUUUUCUUGUAAUUGCAAGUCUUGUACAGAUUAAGUUGGUUGAAAAGCCACUUAAAGUUGUUUGCCAAGGUAUCGAUGUUUUGAUUAUGUAAAACAGUUUUUCAUCAAUGCAAAUCGAUGCAUCAUGCAUUCGUCUGAGAACUUUUUCGUGA